AUUGACCAACCCUAACCCUAUCAGAGCAAAAUCAACAAAGCUUUUCAGCCACCAUCAUUCCCCACCACUAUCGGUGGUGACAACUAGUGAUUGCCAUCCUCGCUUCUCGAAGGUAUUCUCUCCUCCUCGCGUUGUCAAGCCCGAGGGUGCCGUCAAGCCCGGACCUAUCCUCGUCGUUGUCGCCAGAAGGUUGUCAAGGCCGGACCUGUCAUCGUCGUCCUCGAGGCCGAGGGUGCCGUUGUUGCAGCCGAACGUUUCUGUUGCUUGACGUCGCAAACGUCUACUCAGUCUUGUUCUCCUCGCCGUCGCAAACGUGCCUGUUCUCCUCACCAUCGUUCCAGUGCCUCCAGAAGCUUCCUUCCUCCAACAACAAGUUCACCUACAACUGCGACAACCACACCUUCAACUUCCUCGUCGAUAAUGGCUUCAGUUCCUAUUGCGUUUCUAGAGCGAGUGAAGGAUGAUCUUGUUUCCAAAUAUGGUGCCUCCGAUAAGGCCGGUACUAAUGCUGCCACCAACAGCCUUAACAAGGAGUUUGGGUUUGACCAUGGUUCGAUGGCCGGUUCGGUUCUCGCAAUCUUGGUUAUAAGAAAGAAGGGAUGAAUUGGGUUCUUUUUCUCAAAAAGAUUUUACCCUUUUGAUGAAUGAAUCACUUCUUUUUAUAGGUACUUUAAUUAGCUGUUGAAAUUUCCAUCUAUGACCAGCACGUGGUAAGACUUUGGGGACUUCUAGCUUUCAUCACAUUUGAUGACUUUUCAAUGCCAAUGGAGGAAAGCGAACAAACAUCAGGAAGAAGGAUAUUGUGACACCUAGAGCUACAUGUCUGGAUUUUAAGAUAUUAUUAAGUAAGGAAGUAAGGAUAAGUAAGGAUAAGGAUAGUAUUUUGUUCUUAGUUUUGUUAGAAAGAUGCCAGCUUUGAUGUCAUCUAGGUUUCUUCUUCUUGUUGGAGAGUCCUUCCCCAUUAGAAGAGCAUUGGCUACUCAUAAAAAUGCUUCUUCUUUGUUGCACACAAGUAUUCAUUGUAUGAGCCAAGUGGAACCACCCAAUCAUGGUUCCUUAACCCUCUCAAGUGUUGGUUUCCAAGGUGAAGUUGAUAAACCAAUUAACAAAGGUGGCAAGUCUAGCAGUAAGGUAAAGCCAUUGUUGGGUUCAUCCCCUGGGUCCCUUAAGAGCAAAGGCAUAGGGAAACCUAUUGGUUCCAGUGAGAAGAAGAAAGCGUUUGGGAUUGUUGAGAGGAAGAAACAACAAAUCGAGGCUGCCCCAUUUGCAGCAAAAUCCUUCUCUGAACUUGGGUUGCCCCUUGUUCUGAUUGAGAGACUGGAGAAAGAGGGGUUCAGUGUUCCAACUGAAGUUCAGUCUGCAGCUGUUCCUACCAUUCUGCAGAACCAUGAUGUCAUAAUUCAGUCUUACACGGGUUCGGGGAAGACAUUGGCUUAUCUGCUUCCUAUACUAUCAUCUAUUGGUCCACUGAUGAACAAAGUUUCCAAGAGUGCCAGUGGUGGUGAUUCUGGUGGGAAAAUGGGAAUAGAAGCAGUGGUUGUUGCUCCCUCUAGGGAGCUAGGGAUGCAGAUAGUGAGGGAGUUUGAGAAGAUACUAGGAGUGGAGAACAAGAAAGUGGUUCAGCAGCUUGUGGGAGGUGCGAACCGAACUAGGCAGGAAGAAGCUCUCAAGAAGAAUAAACCUGCCAUUGUUGUUGGCACACCUGGUAGGAUAGCGGAACUUAGUGCAGCAGGGAAGCUUCGGACACAUGGCUGUCGCUAUUUGGUAUUGGAUGAAGUUGAUGAGCUCUUGUCAUUCAAUUUUCGGGAGGACAUGCACCGGAUAUUGGAGCAUGUAGGCAGGAGAUCAGGUGCAGACCUGGAUCCAAAUGUCAAAAGGACUGAGCGUCAGUUAAUUAUGGUGUCUGCAACUGUGCCGUUUUCUGUUGUAAGAGCAGCGAGAAGCUGGGGAUGUGAUCCACUUCUCGUCCAAGCUAAGAAAGUUAUCCCGCUUGAUACUGUCUCGCCUUCGGGCCCUAUCAAUUUGUCAAUGCCUUCAGUCGGUUCUACUCCAGACCCAACUAAACCAUCUCAGGCAUCAGUAGAGAGUUUGCCUCCGGCUUUGAAACACUAUUACUGUGUAGCGAGGUUACAGCAUAAGGUCGAUACCAUGAGAAAGUGUAUUCAUGCCCUGGAUGCAAAAGUUGUAAUAGCUUUCAUGAACAACACUAAGCAACUAAAGGAUGUCGUCUUCAAGCUGGAGGCCCGUGGAAUGAAAGCGGCAGAGUUGCAUGGGGAUCUUGGGAAGCUUGCUAGGUCAUCAACUUUGAAGAAAUUCAAGAAUGGCGAGGUGAGAGUUCUGGUGACAAAUGAAUUAUCAGCUAGAGGUUUGGAUGUGGCAGAAUGUGAUCUCGUGGUUAAUCUGGACUUACCUACGGAUUCAACUCACUAUGCACACCGAGCAGGCCGAACUGGUCGGCUUGGUAGGGAUGGUACAGUGCUGACCAUAUGUGAAGAGUCCGAAGUGUUUAUUGUGAAGAAAAUGGAGAAGCAGCUUGGAGUAACUGUGGCGUUCUGCGAUUUUGUUGAGGGAAAGAUGCUUGUCAACCAAGAAGAGAAAGCACUCAGCACUUCAAGAAAAUGAGGUUUAGUUGAGGUUUACAAAGCUAUACUCUAGGUUUUAGCUCUUGCAUGUUUUCAAGAAUAGACAACUUCUACUUGCAAGUGCAUACUCUCAAACAAAAACUCACCUUAUAAUUUACGUUGUAAGUCAAGUAUGUCAUCAACUAUAGUUGACAGAGUCCCUCUCAUCUGCAUCUUUCUUUUUCCUCAUAUCUGAUUGUUGUUAUCAAGUUCUUAUAAUGUUUCAAAUCUGAAUUCAGUUUUUCUU